AUGACCCCCAGUGACGCCUCCGCCGAGGCAUCGCACGAAUUAGCCUGCACGUCGUGUCGUAACCGUAAGCUCAAGUGUGAUCGCGUGAAGCCGGCCUGCGGGCGUUGCUCGAGGAUCAAGGGCGAGUGCGUCUAUCCUGAAUCUCGAAGGAAACCAGCCUUCAAACGCCGAAACGUGAGAGAGCUCGAAGCUCGUCUUGCUCAAGUCGAGGGACUGCUCAAGCAGAAUGGCGGCGGGGAUAAGGGAUCGUCGAGCGACGAGCAGGUAGACAAUACUCUGAAUUUUGAUUUUUCCGACUUUGUCCCAUCAACAGAAGAUGUCUUCCUCCAGGGCAUGGACUAUACCUUCCCGUCAGGUCCCGUAGAAGGCGAUUCGUUCCUGCAAUCUCAGAAUGAUCCCUCGGUGCCUCUUGCUGCCUCUGCAGGUGCAUCACAACCGACGGGCGAUGCCUUUAGUGGAGAGCUUCUAGGAUUGGGAAUGUUUGAAGCGCUUCCCCCUUUCGAAGUCACUGAAGAACUGCAAAUCUUCUUUCAACGUCAACAACAUUUCAUUCCAGUGAUACAUCCAGCUCGGUAUAUGCAGGCAUAUUACUCAGCACCACACAUGAAACCGCCAAUGUGUCUUCAAUAUGCCAUAUGGGCUUUAGCAUCCAAUGGCCACCCAAAAUAUGGCCACCUUCAUGACGUCUUUUAUCAGCGUGCACGUCAAUAUGCCGAAGCCGAUGAACUCAAGGGCCAUGGCGAGCACUUCAUUACUGUCCAUCAUGCGCAGGCGUGGAGUCUCAUCACGACUGAUGAGGCCAAGUCAAUGUUGUUCACACGAGCGGCCAUGAGUUCGGCUCGAGCCGUCCGACUCGCCAACAUGUUGGGACUUCACCAUCUAGACACCCCAAAUGAUGUUUCAUCGCCGACUUUGAUGCCGCCCAAGGACUGGGCUGAGCUGGAGGAGCGUAGGAGAACAUUCUGGGGUAUCUUCUGCCUUGACAGCCACUGCGCAAUAUCUACUGGCUGGCCGCACCUGGUUGAUCCCAGCGAGGUCACUACCCAUCUUCCGUCUUCAGAAACUGCUUUUUUCAGUGGCGAACCCGUGACUACGUGCACGCUAGAGGACGCAUUCAAGGGCUCAUCAUAUUCUUCUUUUGCUGGGGCUAUUCUCGUCUGUCAUCUUUUCAACAUGAUCCUCAAGCAUGUUCACCGGCCCAAACCAGACGACGACCCGCAAAACCACGAGUACGGCGAGUAUUGGAAGCGGCACCGAGAGAUUGACAAUGCAAUUUCCAGUGCCUUCAUGUUCUUGCCGGAGCAUUUUCGACUGCCUGAAAACUAUGGAGACCCUACCGCCGUUCACACAAACCUCAACUACCACGCCGCGUUAAUCUGUCUACAUCUCGCGGCCCUAGAAAAGAUUGAAAAGUAUCAGAUACCGAUUUUCGCGAAAAGGGCCAGUGAGACUCGCCUCUUUACCGCUGCGCAAGAGAUUGUCAAUAUUGUCAAGAUGACGAGCCAUAUGAAGACAAAUCCCCGAAGCCCAAUGGCCGCCAUAUCACUCUACUGUGCAGCCAUGGUAUUCAUUUACCAGUGCAAAGAUGCACCAACUCCUCAGAGGAUCGAUAAUCUGGAUUUCAUCAUCUCUGCCAUGGAUGCAAUUGGUCGCGAGCACGUCAUCACUAGGGCAUUCCUGAAGCAACUUCUUUUGGAUCUCGAACGAAACAAUAUUACACACAUCACACGUGUGCCAAAGCUUGAUCAUCUGCCCGACAUCAUUGCUAUUGGUAACCACAAUAUACCCCUCCUCACUCGUUCGCAAUUCUCAAGUCAUUCCAAGCCGCAGCCACCUCUGCCGGGCCGCCUGCCGCUGGGAAACCCGCAGGGCAACUUGAAUGCUUACAAGAUGACCGAAUGCGGUAUUGGCUUUGGCUACAAAAUCAAGGAUGGCUGCCAGGCCACCAACAACACGAAUGCAGACGAGACCACCGCCAACAAGAGGAAGAGGAGCGCGCCGUCAGACGACUCGGGUGCCAGCGCCAGUACCAGCGGUAGCGGCCCGUCCGAUGGCCACCACGACCUCUGGGGACACAACAACAGUAGCAGCAGCGACAUGACGCCGUCCUCGGCCUCGACUACGUCGGAAUCUGCUCCUUUGCCCCAAGCCCAGCAGGGCGGUGGUAGGCCAAAUAACUCUUUUGCAUCGUUUGACAAGACGCCCUGGGCGGGGCUGGCGCGCACCAUCACGAAUACGCUUCCCGUCCGGACGGGAUCGCCGGCUGCUGCAACGUCGUCGCCGCAUCCCGGAAUCUCACCCUCAGCAGCAGUCGGGGGCGUCGGCUUCGGUACCGGAGCCAAUGCGCAAAACGCUGCUGCUGCCACCCCCAAUAUUCCACAAAUCGGCCGACCGGGCUUGGAUAAUGCUGGCGUAUGCAUGUAUGCGCAGUUUUCCAACACGUCGAAUCUCGCCAACGCUGGUAAAAACGCAGCCAUGGAUAGUUGGCCCAUGGCUGGAUCGACCAGUGGCCUGGAUUGGAAUGCCAUUGCCUCGUCCGUCGGCCUCAAUAUGCCGACGAGUUUCCCUGGCGUUUUGAAUCCAUCACUGCUCCGUGAUGAUGGCAACGGCAACGGCAGUAGUGCUGGUGCCAACGCGAACCCUGGUUAA